UAUACUUUAUUUAUUAAUAAAGAAAAAGUGAAAGAAAAAAAAAAGAUUAAAGAUUGAAACUUUAUUUGAUUCUUUGUUGAUCAAAAGUGUUUUUGAAUGAAGUUUUGAAGAUGGGUUCUGAUUUUCAUGUGAUAUGUUUCCUCAGUUUCAGUUGCCAUAAAGAUAGGUUGCUUGAGGGUGAAAGCUCAAUAUGAGGAAUAGGAACCGGAGUCAAACUAGAGAUCAAAAAAAGAGUAGAUUAAGUCGACGGUUUGGAAAACUCAUGCAGUGUUUGUGCUCUGGUGAACAGUUAACAAGCAGAAAUGAGAUGAUCCCUUCAUCAGAAGUAUUAGCAACAAAUGACUAUCCUUCUCAAAUAGCUUCUCAAUUAGUUGGUGAAAACAAUAGGAGACCGGAUACGGGUAGUAUUGAAGAAGCAGAAUUAUCUCUUCGUGAAAGUGGUUCUAUAAAUUAUGAGGAAGCAAGAGCAUUGCUAGGAAGAUACGAGUAUCAAAAGGGAAACAUAGAAGCCGCUCUUCAUGUCUUUGAAGGAAUAGAUAUAGCUACCGUAUCUCCAAAAAUUAAAAUUAGUCUUGCUAAAAGAGUGGAGCCGCGUAAAAGACAUUCUCAUAGUUACAAUACUCCACCGUUAUCUGCACAUGCUCUCACUUUACUUCUUGAAGCAAUUUACUUGAAGUCAAAAUCCUUACAAAUUCUCGGGAGGUAUAAAGAUGCUGCCCAAUCAUGCAAAGUUAUACUCGACAUUGUUGAAUCAUCAUUACCUGAUGGCUUUCCUGAAAACUUUGGUGCUGACGGUAAAUUGCAGGAAACUAUAAACAGCUCGGUUGAAUUACUUCCCGAGUUAUGGCAACUUGCUGACUUUCCCCAGGAGGCAAUUUUAUCAUUUAGACGGGCUCUACUUCAUAACUGGAACCUCAAUGAAGAAACAACAGCAAAAAUAGAAAAAGACUUUGCAGUUUUUCUUCUUUAUAGUGGUUGCAAAGAAGCUACUCCCCCUAAUCUACGGUCCCAAAUGGAUAGUUCGUAUGUACCAAAAAAUAACCUUGAAGAAUCUAUUCUGCUUUUGAUGAUUUUACUAAGAAAAGUAAAUUUGAAGAAAAUCGAGUGGGAUCCGUCUCUUGUUGAUCACCUUUCUUACGCGUUGUCGGUUUGUAAUGGACUCAAGGCUCUUGGUAAGCAAUUGGAAGAAUUGCUUCCGUUGGCCAUUGACAAGAAAGAAAGGUACCUCCUUUUAUCUCUUUGUAACUAUGGAGAAGGUGAUGGUUUAUCUGCUUUAAAUAUACUACAAAAUAUUUACAAAAACGACGACCCGAGUUGUGUCUUGGCUUUACUGACGGCAUCGAAAAUUUGUGCGGAAAAUUUUGAUUUUGUUGAAGAAGGUGUAAAUCUUGCUAAAAGAACCGUUAACCUUUUGGAAAAUGGAUGUGAUGAGAUGGUGGGUGUUGCUAAUUCUUUAUUGGGCAUUUCACUUUCGGGUCAAGCUAGGUCAGCUUUGACCGAUUCUGAUAGAUUCAAUGGACAAUCUGAGGCAAUUCAGUGUUUAGAAACUGCAUGUCAGUUGACCCAAAUGAAGGAUUCCAGAAUUAUCUAUGACAGUUGUUUGGAAAAUGCUGAGCACAGGAAGUUGGAUGUCGCUCUUGGUCAGGCAAAACAUUUGAUUAAAAUGGAAGGUGGGUCCCACAUUCGGAGUUGGUUGUUAUUGGCUAGAAUAUUGUCAGGGCAGAAAAGAUUUGUGGACGCUGAAACGAUUAUUAAUGCUGCUUUAGAAGAAACGGGGAAAUGGGAUCAGACUGAGUUAUUGAGAACAAAAGCCAAGCUACAAAUUGCACAGGGUAAAGUAAAGAAUGCCAUCGACACGUAUACUCAGCUUCUUGCUGUUCUUCAAGUUCAGAGUAAAAGCUUUUUAACCCAACAGAAGAAUGUUGAGGUUGGUAGAAAGUAUUCUAAGGAUUUGGAAUUAGAAACAUGGCAUGAUUUAGCUAUGGUGUAUAUAAGUUUAUCUCAAUGGCGUGAUGCCGAGGCAUGUCUUUUAAAAUCUGAAGCUAUCAAUUACUAUUCUUCGUCUCAUUGGUAUAUCAGUGGUUUGUUGUUGGAAGCAAAGGGCUGUGACAAAGAAGCUCUGGAAUCAUACCAAAAUGCUCUAGAUAUUGACCCUGGUCAUGUGCAAAGCCUUGUAUCCAUGGCCAUGGUUCUGAAACGCUUCGGUGGCAAGUCUGGACCAGUGAUAAGAAGCUUCUUGACUGAAGCACUGCGACUAGACCGAAUGAACUCGUGGGCUUGGUAUAAUCUUGGCCAGUUUUACAAAGACGAGGGUCCAAUGUUCAUAACGGAAGCUGUUGAUUGUUUUGAGGCAGCGAGCAUACUCAAGGAAACAGAACCGAUUGAGCCAUUCAGAUGACUGGAAUACAUUUCAGGAUUGCAAGUACAUAUAACAGUGUAACCUUUAGAGAAAUAAUCGAGUAUGUUCAACUAGUAUUAUUACAAGAGAAAAGAAUAUGAGCUCAUUUCGGCUUUUUAGUUUUUCUAAUAAACAUCCUUUUGGUUCAUCGUCAAUCUGGUUUGCGAGAAUGAGAUGUGAAUUACUAACAUUCAUAGAAUUCAAGAGAUACAUACACACACAAUAUGUCAUUCCUUUUUGA